AUGUCGUACAGUGAUUUGAAAGAAAGGGCGUUCAUUGUCACUGGUGCCGCCUCGGGCAUGGGCCGCAAGACUGCCCAACUGCUGGCCAAACAAGGAGCCAAUCUGGCGCUGCUUGAUCUGCGAAAACCAGACGAUACUCUUGUUGAAAUCGAGUCGCUGGGCGUUCGAGGACUCGCCUUUUCCUGCGACGUCCGGGAUGCCGCAGGGGUGGAGUGUGCCAUCACAAAGGCGAAAGACCAUUUUGGUGCCCUCCACGGCGCUGCAAACAUGGCCGGAAUUGUUGGGAGCCAGGGUCUCAAAGGCAAAGGUCACGCCCUGGACAUUCUGCCCGACGAGGAUUGGGAUUUUAUCAUGAAUGUGAACCUCGACGGAGUCAAGAAUUGCCUUCGAGCCGAACUGAACGUGUUGGAGGAUGGAAGCUCGAUAGUCAACGCGGGCAGCAUUGCGGGCCAACAAGCCUGGCCCUUUCUGGGUCCUUACUGUGUCAGUAAGGCCGGGGUUCUCAGUCUGAGCAAGAUUGCCGCACAGGAAGCAGGGUCUCGAGGCAUCCGAGUGAAUGCGGUCGCACCGUUAAGUGGAUCGGAUCUCCCGUACAGAAAGGAUAAACAAACUAACAUCGACAGGGGUAUGAUCCGAACGCCUCUGACACAGGCGAUAGGCAGCGACCAGGAACUGCACGACGCGAUGGGUGUCAGGACAGCUCUGAAUCGCAUUGGAGAGCCAGAAGAAGUCGCAAGAUUGAUUGUCUUCCUCUUGAGUCAGGAGGCUAGCUAUGUGACCGGCACAGUUAUCAAUGUUGACGGCGGAUAUUCAUAA